AGCAAAGGUGCUGAAAAACUAACAAAGAGAGUUAACAACGACGACACUGAAACCCUGACAAUAAGAAUUAGUAAAAAAGGCCUAUUCCGUUUCAACUACGCAUUAAAAACGUCGACGCUAGAAGCUCAACAAAAAGGGUCUGUGAGA